GUGAGGGCCGCGAGCUGCGAAAGGGCGGGAAGGGCGGUUGGAGAGGGAGGGGCGAGCGGUUACUCACUCCAUGGCUGCGGCAAGAAGAGGCGGCGGCGGCCUCGGCUGAAGCGAGACGGUGGGAGCGGAGGGCGCAGGCGCGUUUGCAGAUUUCAUCAGGUUGGCUGUGGGAGCCGGAGCAGCUGCUGCCGACCAGAGCUGGAGCCAUGAGCGGGUUUAAUUUUGGAGGCACUGGGGCCCCCACAGGCGGGUUCACCUUUGGUACCGCAAAGACAGCAACCAGCACCACGCCGGCGACGGGGUUCUCUUUCUCUACGUCUAGCUCUGGCGGGUUUAAUUUUGGGACUCCCUCCCCUGCGGCCGCGAGCACCCCUUCCACCGGGCUGUUCUCUCUCACGACCCAAGCGCCAGCAGCCCAGACCCCGGCGUUCAGUUUUGGCACCACGACUCCCGCUUCCGGAGGCACCGGCUUCUCCCUAGGUCUCAACGCCCCGAAGCUGAACUUGGGCAGCACGGCGGCCACCUCAGCCACAGCAAACCCCAGUGGCUUUGGGCUCGGCAGCAGCACCCUCACCAGUGCCACGUCGGGCACCGUCACCUCCAGCCAGGGCACAGCUCCCACCGGCUUUGUGUUCGGCUCUACCACCACGCCUGCGGCCCCCGCCACCACAUCCGGAGGGUUCUCCUUCACCGGGGGAAGCUCCUCGCAGACGGGGACGUCUGGCUUCAACAUCGGCUCCGUGGGGAGUUCGGCCACCCAGCCCACGGCGCUGACCGGGUCUCCCUUCACCGCAGCCACGCCAGCGGCCACGGGGGCAGGGCCCAGCCAGCCGGCCGCGCCCACGCCCGCCGCCACCUCCAACGCUGGGCCCACCCUCUUUGCCUCCAUAGCCGCGGCUCCCACCUCAUCCACCGGCACGGGGCUCUCCCUCGGUGCCCCAGCGACCACCGCCGCGGCGCCCGCGCCUGGGACGCUGGGCUUCACCUUGAAGGCCCCUGGAGCAGCUGCCGGCACCUCCACGGUGACGUCCGCUGCUGCCACCACCACCACCACCACCACCACCAGCUUCGCCUUGAAUCUAAAACCUCUGGCGCCGGCCGGGGUCCCCAGCAACACGACGGCCGCCGCGAGUGCUCCAGCGGCCCCCAGCGCAGCCACCGGGGCGGCCGGCAGCCCCGCGAUGACCUACGCGCAGCUGGAGAGCCUCAUCAACAAGUGGAGCCUGGAGCUGGAGGACCAGGAGCGGCACUUCCUGCAGCAGGCCACCCAGGUGAACGCCUGGGACCGCACGCUCGUCGAGAACGGCGAGCGCAUCACCAGCCUGCACCGCCAGGUGGAGAAGGUGAAGCUGGACCAGAAGCGGCUGGACCAGGAGCUCGACUUCAUCCUGUCGCAGCAGAAGGAGCUGGAGGACCUGCUGAGCCCGCUGGAGGGCUGGGUGAAGGAGCAGAGCGGGGCCGUGUGCCUGCAGCACGCCGACGAGGAGCGCGAGAAGACCUACAAGCUGGCCGAGAACAUCGACGCGCAGCUCAAGCGCAUGGCCCAGGACCUCAAGGACAUCAUCGAGCACCUGAACACGUCCGGGGGCCCCGCCGACACCAGCGACCCCCUGCAGCAGAUCUGCAAGAUCCUCAACGCGCACAUGGACUCGCUGCAGUGGAUCGACCAGAACUCGGCGCUGCUGCAGCGGAAGGUGGAGGAGGUGACCAAGGUGUGCGAGGGGCGGCGCAAGGAGCAGGAGCGCAGCUUCCGCAUCACCUUCGACUGACGGCCGGGCCGGGGCCGCGGCGCUCCCUGGUGGCCGGGGGGGCCGAUUCUCUGAAGCGAUUGUGCUGUGGAGAGAAGUGUUCUGUGGUUUGACUUUGCCCGCCAGCGAAUGCGUAGAAAGUGUCCCGAGCGCCGCUGGGCGGGCGGGCAGCAGCCGGUGGGCGGCUCUGUGUCUGAGUCCUGUGUCUUUGGCCCCUUUCACCCACUGCCACCCACCUCGCCCUCCCCCGACAGAGGCGCUGAGGCCGGAGAGGAGAGGCUGCCGCCGGCCGCUCUGCCCAGCACAGUGGAAGUGCUGAGGUGGGCAGGCUGCCCUCUGCCCCGUGUGGGGUUUAAGCCGUGCGCUCCGCCCAGACACACUGCUCCCCGCAAGGAGGGGCUGCUCAGCUGAGGCGAGGCCCAAGCCCGGGGGGCUUCCCUGUGCCCGCUCCCCGUCCAGGUGGGCCCUCGGGCCUCCCCUCUUCCAGGGCGCCGCCCCGGCCGGCCCCAUGGCACACUGAGCCUGUGCCAGGGAGGACUGGCUGUGCGUCUUGUGCCGACUGUUGGCCCCCGUCUCACUGGUAGACUGAGCUCCCGGGGGCAGGGACUGACUCUGUCCCCCUUUGUCCCCAGCACAGUCCCAGUCAGCUUUGCUGAAUGAGCAAAGGACGAAGAUGAAACCUGGCGUAGCGCUGGUCCACCGUGUUGCCUGCUGCGGUGGCCGCGGUGGCCACGCAGGGGCCCUGAGCCCCGCCAAGGUCCCCGUGUCGCCGCCCAGUGUCCUGUGUGUGUGCUUUGCAUUCUCUACGAUAGCCACGCUGUGUGUCGCCUUCCUGAAUAAAAACAUGAACAGCUGCCGUGCCUGUGUAACGUCAGGGUGAGGCGGUCGAGAGCGAGCAGCUCCCAGAAGCCACCGUGCUGGCGCCCUCCGGCCGACAGGCGCGAACAGUCUUGGGUCUGUGCUGACCUGUGGGUGACGCGGGCGCUGGCACCGCACUGCCUGCCCUCGCCCCGGUGGAGCAGCCUCCGUUCCUCCGCUGGGGCUAGCUGGAGGGCUCGGGCGGAGAGGCGACUCCCAGGUGCGGCCCGGCCAGCUGCUGGGAGCUCUCCCUCCUCCUGGGGACGGGGGUCCCGGCCCCUUGGCCUCACCCGCUCCAUGGCUCACACCUCGGAGCCCUGUGGCCCAUUUUCUAGAAGCUUCCCAAGGUCAAGAUCACAAGUCAUUGUUUACGUUGAACCAUCUGGGGCCUUGAAGGCCAACACAACUUUGCAGGCAGCAGCCACAGAACAGGGAGGAGGAAGACCCCGCCAGCCUCCGUGAGCGCUGCUGCCCUCUCCCGGCCUUGACCACGGGGAGGGCCCGCGCUCCUGCCCUAGAAAAGUGGUCUGUUUCCUGCCUGCGUUUUUUCAUUCGACAUCCGUGGAGCAAUGUUACUGAGCCCGCGAGCUCAGAUUGUCCCUGUCAAAGGCCACACAAUCUUCCUAGGGGGAAAAAAAUGGGCAUUUAAAAAAUAUAUGCAUUUGAAAGAGUGACAGAGGGAGAGGUUCCCCCCCCCACCUGGGUGGCAGGGACCCCAACACUUGGGCCACCAUCUGCUGCCACCCCAGCUGCCUUCCCACUGAGCAGAGAGCAGUGCCAUGGGUACCGGAUGCCGGCGGCACGGGCAGCGGCUGGCACCUGUGCCACGACGCCAUCCCAAGCGUGCUUCCCUGGUGUGCGUGUGUAUAUACUCCCGUUUCACAUAUUAAACAUGAGUAAAACUCA